CGAGCGGGCGAGCGGGCGGCCGGCCGGGAGAGCGACUCCCUCCCACUGCGUUGCAACCGCGGCCACCACCGGCUAAGGGGGAGGAAAGCGCGGAACAAGCGACGUCUGCCAGGCUGUCCGGGUCCGUCGGGGGUCAAGCAGUGAUGGAGCCGGGGCCCACGGCGCCCUCCUCCGGCGCUCCGAGGGUGGCCGGUGUCGGAGAGACGCCGCCAGCUGCCGCCGCCUUUGCAGCUGCUGGAGUAGACCUGCCCGGCACCGCCGUGCUCUCGGUGCCGGAUGAUGCUGCGGCCACGAGCCGCGGCGGCGGCGGCGGCGGCGGAGGAGGAGGAGGGGUCCGCGGUGAGGGCGCCGCGGCAGCCGGGGACGGACAGGGCAGACCCCUGGGGCCCACCCCGAGCCAGAGCCGCUUCCAGGUGGACGUGGUGUCGGAGAAUGCCGGGCGGGCGGCGGCGGCCGCCGCGGCGGCGGCAGCCGCGGCUGCAGCGGCCGGUUCUGAAGCUGGGGGCAAGGAGACCCCGGCGGACGGGAAACCCAGAGGCGAUGGCGGGCCGGCCAAGGGCAGCGAGGAAGCCAAGGGCCGCUUUCGCGUGAACUUCGUGGACCCGGCCGCCUCGUCGUCGGCCGAUGAGAGCCUGUCCGAGGCGGCGGGGGUCGGGGGUGAGGGGCCCAACGUGAGCUUUCAGAACGGCGGGGACACGGUGCUGAGCGAGGGCAGCAGCCUGCACUCGGGCGGCGGUGGCGGCGGGCACCCCCCGCACCAUUACUACGACACGCACACCAACACCUACUACCUGCGCACCUUCGGCCACAACACCAUGGACGCCGUGCCCAGGAUCGACCACUACCGGCACACGGUAGCACAGCUGGGCGAAAAGCUGCUCCGGCCCAGCCUGGCCGAGCUCCACGACGAGCUAGAAAAGGAGCCUUUUGAGGAUGGCUUUGCAAAUGGGGAAGAAAGUACUCCAACCAGAGAUGCUGUGGUCACAUACGCUGCGGAAAGUAAAGGAGUUGUGAAGUUCGGAUGGAUCAAGGGUGUAUUAGUACGUUGUAUGCUAAACAUUUGGGGUGUGAUGCUCUUCAUUAGAUUGUCAUGGAUUGUAGGUCAAGCUGGAAUAGGUCUAUCAGUCCUUGUAAUAGCAAUGGCCACUGUUGUGACUACUAUCACAGGAUUGUCUACGUCAGCAAUAGCUACUAAUGGAUUUGUACGAGGAGGAGGAGCAUAUUAUUUGAUAUCUAGAAGUCUAGGGCCAGAAUUUGGUGGUGCAAUUGGCCUUAUUUUCGCUUUUGCCAAUGCUGUCGCAGUUGCUAUGUACGUGGUUGGAUUUGCAGAAACUGUGGUGGAAUUGCUUAAGGAACAUUCCAUAAUGAUGAUAGAUGAAAUUAAUGAUAUUCGGAUUAUUGGAGCCAUUACAGUGGUGAUCCUUUUAGGUAUCUCAGUAGCUGGAAUGGAGUGGGAAGCAAAAGCUCAGAUUGUUCUUUUGGUGAUUCUACUACUUGCUAUUGCUGAUUUCGUCAUAGGAACAUUUAUCCCAUUGGAAAGCAAGAAGCCCAAAGGUUUCUUUGGUUAUCAGUCUGAAAUAUUUAAUGAGAACUUUGGACCAGAUUUUCGAGAGGAAGAGAAUUUCUUUUCAGUAUUUGCCAUCUUUUUUCCUGCUGCAACUGGUAUUUUGGCUGGAGCAAAUAUCUCAGGUGAUCUUGCGGAUCCUCAGUCAGCCAUACCAAAAGGAACACUAUUAGCCAUUUUAAUUACCACGGUGGUUUACAUAGGAAUUGCAGUGUCUGUAGGUGCUUGUGUUGUUCGAGAUGCCACUGGGAACAUUAAUGACACAAUUGUAACAGAGUUAACAAACUGUACUUCUGCAGCAUGCAAAUUAAACUUUGACUUUUCAUAUUGUAAAAGCAAUCCUUGUGCUUAUGGUCUAAUGAACAACUUUCAGGUAAUGAGCAUGGUGUCAGGAUUUGCACCAUUGAUUUCUGCAGGUAUCUUUUCAGCCACUCUUUCUUCUGCAUUAGCAUCCCUUGUGAGUGCUCCCAAAAUAUUUCAGGCUCUAUGUAAAGACAACAUCUACCCAGCUUUCCAGAUGUUUGCUAAAGGUUAUGGAAAAAACAAUGAGCCUCUUCGUGGUUACCUCUUAACAUUCCUAAUUGCACUUGGAUUCAUUUUAAUUGCUGAACUGAAUGUUAUUGCUCCAAUUAUCUCUAACUUCUUCCUUGCAUCAUAUGCACUGAUCAAUUUUUCAGUAUUUCAUGCAUCACUUGCAAAAUCUCCAGGUUGGCGUCCUGCAUUCAAAUACUACAACAUGUGGAUAUCACUUAUUGGAGCAAUUCUUUGUUGUAUAGUGAUGUUUGUCAUUAACUGGUGGGCAGCAUUACUAACAUACGUGAUAGUACUUGGACUAUAUAUUUAUGUUACCUACAAAAAACCAGAUGUGAACUGGGGAUCCUCUACACAAGCUUUGACUUACCUAAAUGCACUGCAGCAUUCAAUUCGUCUUUCUGGAGUGGAAGAUCAUGUGAAAAACUUCAGGCCACAGUGUCUUGUUAUGACAGGGGCACCAAACUCCCGUCCAGCUUUACUUCACCUUGUCCAUGAUUUCACAAAAAAUGUUGGUUUGAUGAUCUGUGGUCAUAUACAUAUGGGUCCACGAAGACAAGCCAUGAAAGAGAUGUCUGUUGAUCAAGCCAGAUACCAGCGGUGGCUUAUUAAAAACAAAAUGAAAGGCUUUUAUGCCCCAGUACAUGCAGAUGACUUGAGAGAAGGUGCCCAGUAUUUAAUGCAGGCUGCUGGUCUUGGGCGUAUGAAACCAAAUACUCUUGUACUUGGAUUUAAAAAAGACUGGAUGCAAGCAGACAUGAGGGAUGUAGAUAUGUAUAUAAACUUAUUUCAUGAUGCAUUUGACAUACAAUAUGGAGUAGUGGUUAUCCGCCUAAAAGAAGGUCUUGAUAUAUCUCAUCUUCAGGGACAAGAAGAAUUAUUGUCAUCACAAGAGAAAUCUCCUGGUGGCAAGGAUGUGGUACUAAGUAUUGAGUACAGUAAAAAAUCUGAUUUAGAUCCUUCCAAACCAACUGAGGAAAAAAACAUUACACAUAAAGAUGAGGAAGAGGAUGGCAAGACUCCAACUCAACCACUGUUGAAAAAAGAAUCCAAAGGCCCUGCUGUGCCUUUAAAUGUGGCUGAUCAAAAGCUUCUUGAAGCUAGUACACAAUUUCAGAAAAAGCAAGGGAAGAAUACAAUUGAUGUCUGGUGGCUUUUUGAUGAUGGAGGUUUGACCUUAUUGAUACCUUACCUUCUGACUACCAAGAAAAAGUGGAAAGAUUGUAAGAUCAGAGUUUUCAUUGGUGGAAAAAUAAACAGAAUAGACCAUGACCGGAGAGCGAUGGCAACUUUACUUAGCAAAUUCCGGAUAGAUUUCUCUGAUAUCAUGGUCCUAGGAGAUAUUAAUACUAAACCAAAGAAAGAAAAUAUUGUAGCUUUUGAUGAAAUGAUUGAGCCAUACAGACUUCAUGAAGAUGAUAAAGAACAAGAUAUUGCAGAUAAAAUGAAAGAUGAUGAGCCCUGGAGAAUAACAGAUAAUGAGAUUGAACUUUACAAGACCAAGACAUAUAGACAGAUCAGGCUAAAUGAAUUAUUAAAGGAACAUUCAAGCACAGCUAAUAUCAUUGUCAUGAGUCUCCCAGUUGCACGGAAAGGUGCUGUGUCCAGUGCCCUCUACAUGGCAUGGUUAGAAGUUCUGUCUAAGGACCUACCCCCUAUACUCCUAGUUCGUGGGAACCAUCAGAGUGUCCUUACCUUCUAUUCUUAAAUGUUCUACACACUGGACAACCCUCCACAUGGUACUUGAGUGCCUAGAGAAGUAACUGAACCUUCAGCGACACAUUGACAUCACAGUGGCAAACUGUGACUUUUCUUUCACUAUUUCAUUAAUUUGAAAGCACACCAGGAAGUUCCUCCAUUGAUAUGUGUAUGGAGACUUCAGUUUUCAGUCAGUUAUGUCUUGUCAGCCUUGCUGAAUGGGAAUUUCUUAUUGUUGAAAAAAACUCAUGAGAGUAAAGUUUUUUCUUUGCUACUUGAACAGCAAUAAGUGUGUCAUUUUUGAUUGAUUAAAGGAGUAUAAAAGCCUUUAGCCUUGAGGUGCCUUCUGAAAUUAACCAAAUUUCAUUCAUAUAUCCUCUUUUAUAAAUUUAUAGAAUGUCAGACUUUGCCUUCAGCUACUUUUAUUUCUAGUCUCUUCCACCUUAAAGUCAAAUGAACACUUUUUUUUCUUCCAUUGACCAAUUAAUGUUAAGUACUGUAUGUUUUCUAUUACUUUUUAUAAAUAUGUCUGUGAAGCUAUUAAAGGUGAAGACUAGGGUAAGUUAAUAAAAAAUGAGAAAGAAAGAGAAACCAAAAAGUUGUUACCUGAGGUUAGAUUUGUAUGAGUACGUAUAUAUGUAGACCUACUGAAGAAAGACAAAAGGACCUAAAAAGCCUAAUAAACCUUUUUCUUUUUAACUUCUGAUUGGCUAUUUGUACCUUGAUUAUUAUUUCUUGAAACUGUAUGGAAGGUUAAUGAUUUAUUCAGUACUUAAAUGUGACAUGCUGAAAAAAUAGCAUUGUCAGUCUUUAAACAGAAAUUCUCGAUCAUUUUUACUAGGAGAGAGAUAUGUAUCAAUUUAGAAUUUUUCUCAAUUCUGUGAGAUGUAAAUGUUAAAAAUAAUUCUGGAGGAAAAUUAGAUAAAGCAGUGCCAUUUAAUAUACUAUUUCAGUGAACACUAUGGAAUUUCAUUAUACUGUACACCCUUUAUAAAUCAUUAAAAUACUUAAUGCUUCAUCAAAUGGUUAAAUGGACCACUGGUUUCUUAGUGAAGUGUUUUUAGGCUCCAUUCAAUUGUCAAGCAACUUAGUCUUAAUAUACUCAGGUUUGAACAUAUUCUGAACAUUUAAAUUGAAUCCAUUCUUAAUACUUCAAAACUUUUGUGUUAAAGAAAACUGCCAGUUUGUGCUUUGGAAAUGUCUGUUUUGAUGUCAUAGUCUUAUUAAUACCGUUUUGGCAGUACACAUGUACUGUUACUAAAAGCUUUAUAUAAAUUAUUAAUAUGAAGUUUUUCAUUUCAUAUUUGAGGAAGGAUUUCCUAAAACAUUUCAAGAGAUAUAUGUCUACAUACACAGAUGCAUAUGUGUAUAUAUAGUGACAUUUAUAUUGCUGGUUUUGUGCAUUUUAAACUGAUCAAGAUGCAUUGGUUUAACAUUUGUUUCAGUAAACAUAACUUCAAAGUUAGGUUGACUGACUUAGGUAUCAUGGAGAAUGAAGGUGGUUAUGAGAAAGUCACCUAACUUCAAAGUUAGAGUAUGGAGGACAUUUCAUCUACAGCAAUGUUCACUGGGCUUAUUGGUAGACAUCUUAUUGGAGUAUUUAUGCAUGUUAUCUUGAAUCUGAUAUAAACAUAAACUGCUGUUUCAAUAGUGCAGUAUUUUUGCUGAAUGAGUAUAAACUAAAUCAAUAUAAAAAUGGAAACAAUGAUUUUGGGUUCAGAAUACAACAUUGGAUUGUUUUUUCCAGUUGUUCCCCACAUUACAACUCACAUCACUAUUCUGUUUAUUACAGGCUUUGUAUUGGGGAGGGGAGACAAUAGAAAUGUCAUUGUUCAGUUAGAAAUAUAUCAGAAUUUCUUAAAUGGAUAAUAAGGCAUGAACUGAGUGCUGCUAUCCUGAAAUGUGCACAGGUACAGUUACUUUUUUUUUAAGUUUUUUUCCCAUUUAGGAAAACAUGUGAUCUGCACUGCAGGAACCAAAUGUCAUUUAUCAGACAUACGUUGUGUAUAGAGUACAUAAACUAUAUCUAAAUAUGCAUAAUGGAGGAGGGUAAAAUUGUCUGUGAAAUAAUGUAAGAAACUUUUUACUUUUUUUUUAAAGAAAUUCAUUAAUUUCUCUUUAACACUAGAUGCCAGUUCAUCAUUUUCAAGGUUGUUGUAGUAUUCUAAUAAAUUUCAACAAUUCUUAAAGAUGCUAGCUAGUGUUGAAGCUGUUCUACUCUAUAUUAUUUAUGCUGGAUUACUUUAAUGCCAAAUUGUUUUUAGUUCUAAUCAUUGGUGAUAACUUGGAAAUAAUUAUGCAGUGGCAUUUGACAGUUUAUUAUUUCUCUAGGUAAAUAUUCAAUGGGUUUAGAGAAAAUGAUGGUGUUAAGCUGAUUAACAGUUAAUUAAAUCAGAUAUUUAUUUGUUACAUUAUUACAUUUAUAUUUUAGGUUUAUCUUUUACAUUCUUUUUGUAUGCUUUCUGUUGUUACAUGUUUUUAAAGUCUAUGAAAAUAAUUUAAAGAUUUGAGCUCUAGUGGAUGUUUAUCUACUAAGUUUGAAAUGUAAUAUUUUGAUAAUAAUGUACUAUUAAGUCAUAUGCUUUUCUAAUAUUUUAAUGUGGAGUAUUGCAGUUGCUGCUUUGUACAGAAGUUACUGCAAUAAAGGAAGUGGAUUCAUUAAAACUA